AAAAAAAAAAAAGACUUAAUUACAAGGCUGAAUUAAGUAAGUGUUUGCUGAAGGAUUUUGGAUUACUUUGUUGUUCUCUUUUAUUUCUGCACCUACCCCCUGCCCCCAACACCAUGUGAAGGAGAGAUACAUGAUUGGAUGGUUUUUCUUUCCUGUUGAGAGAUUCGUGGGAACUUGACCCCAGGAGAACAGGAACAGAUGUGGAACCACUAGCGUGGCCUCAGCUUGUCCGUGUUGAUCAAAGGGGCGUGGAACUGAGAGAUGGGACCCUGCCCCCUCGUGAAGGCAUGUGAUCCUUUUUCCAAAGGCUAACCAGGCAGCACCGCCCAGCCCUUGGCUGCGCUUUCCCUCUAAUCUCUGGAGAAGGGCCAGGCUGUGGGUUGCUGACCUGCUCUAAUGUGGGUCAGCCUCCCCCAAAAGAUAGCCACCCAGAAGUCCACAGAACAAACAGCCCCCAGAGACCGGAGGGCCCGUCAUCCCCAGGCAACUGAACUGAGAGCAGUGGCCAGUUCAGAUUAACCGUGCUCAGGUCAAGUGCUGCCUAGUGAGCUCCGCGAAGGUGGAGAUUCCUCCGUGUAUCUUAAAUAAAAGAACCGAAACCCCUCCCAGGCUGCGUUCGUAUUCCGUAUUCUGGAGAUGUGCGUGCGAGCGUGUUGCCAGCCCAGCUUGGCCCGUGGGUGUGUAGCAACUGCCCGAGCGAGCACUUCAUGGGUGCAGCUCAAGAGGCUUUGGAUCUGAAACUGAUGAAUGAAACUAUGACCUCAGAAGAUUUAAAAAAAGAGCCAACUACCAGAGACAGGACUGGCCCGGGUCUCAGAGGCCGUUGGGAGUGUGCUCUCUCGGCCUGGCUGAAGGAUGCAAUGAUUGAAACGGGAGUGAAUCAUCACAGGUAACGUCGUACGGUGCCGGGCCCUGUUGGCAGUGCUUUCCUUAUAGUGACUUGUUUCGGUGCCGGGCCCUGUUCGCAGUGCUUUCCUUAUAGUGACUUGUUUCGGUGCCGGGUCCUGUUCGCAGUGCUUCCUUAUAGUGACUUGUUUCUUCCCUACAGCUCCCUCGGAGCUAAGUGUGGCUGCAGCCCAUUGUACCGCUGAGGAAGCUGCAGCAGGGAGAGGUUGUAUAACUUGCCUGCAGACGCAGAGCGAGUAAGUGACGGAGCUGGAAGUCAAGUCCAGGUGUCUGACUCCAGAGCCCACGGCUCUUCAACAGCCCUUGGAUAUCUGGGCCCCUGACAGGACGGCACGGGCAGCGUGAGGAGCCGUUUACCAGGAUUCUGUGGACUUUAGCCCUCCAGGCCUCUGUUUCCUCAUCUGUAAACUGGGUGUAUUAGUUUCCUACUGCUGCUGGUAACAAACUGCCGGAAACUUAGUGACUUAAAAUGCAAACUUAUUAUCUUCUGGUUUUGAGGCCAGAAGUCUAAAAUGUAUUUCACGGGGCUAAAACCAAGGCGCUGGCAGGGCCGUGUUCCUUCCGGAGGCUCAAGGGGAGAAUCUGUUGCCUUGCCUUUUCCAGCUUCUAGAGGCCACAUGCAUUCUUUGGCUCUCAGGGCCCUUCCUCCAGCUUCAGAGCCUCUCUUUCCCACUCCUGUAAGAACCCUUGUGAUAAUAUCUGGCCUACUCAGAUAAUCUGGGAUAAUCUCUUUAUCUCAAGAUCCUUUACUUAAUCACACCUGCAAGGUCCCUUUGGCCAUUUAAGGUAAAAUAUUCACAGGUUCAGGGGUUUAGGAUGUGCACAUCUUCGGGAGGCCAUUAUUCAGCCUUCCAGGCAGGAAAUCCGUGGGAGACACGAAACAGCAAGGUGUCUCCCAAGCAUGAAGCGAAAUGGUCAAAUAAGAUCUGGGUGAGAUGGUGAGAUUCUCCUAAAUACCUAAAUUCCAAGGCAGGUGUCUGAGUCUAGUGACUACACAGAGCUCUGUAGCUUUUCUGGAAAAGGUGGGUGUCUUCAGAAAGGGAGUCAGCCAGAGACAUCCUUCCCAGAGAAAGAUGGGGUGGGGCUUGUGUUAGGGGACGUGAGCGUUUGCAUCACUCCGAGUUGUUUGCUAAGGCGUGGCUUGGUUCAUCAGGCCUCGCCAGGGCCUGGUUGAAUAUUACUCGAGACCCCUCACUUCCCUGUACUCCGAUCCUGUGCUCUCAAGUGCCCUUCUGGCAGCUAAUAGGAGGUGGACAGGACAUUCAUGAACUGGCACUCCUCCCUUUUCUUGGGAGCUGGGUCUGCCCGACCCUGUUCCCUCGAUCCCCUGAAGCCUGGCUUUCUGCACCCACAAGGUGCACUCUGUCCAACCUUGCGGCUUGGUGCUCCCCAAGGCCCUCUCCGGGGACCUUGAUACCCCUGCCAGGAUGUUCUGACUGCAAUAAGACCUACUCCACACGGCUGUCAGGAGUGCUUUGUCAACUGUAGAGUGCCACAGGCCUGCUCUGGGUACACCCCUGGCCGAGUGUCUGUCAACAUAUCCCCAAAGCAGUCAUUCAGCAAGUACUUUUUCAUCACAGUACUUGGUCCCUGCCCUCAUGGAGCCCCACUCACAGGAUGUUAAGGGAACAAAUCUAAUCACAAUCAUGGUGAAGACCAGGGAAGACAUGCCACGUGCAAACUGUAAUAGGCCGUAGAAGGGGAUAGCUACAAAGGCAGGUGGGAAUAAAGAUCUGGGGGUGUGAGGGGGGAGCAGGAUAACAUGCCAUUCCCGGGACUUGGUACAAGGAUGGUGGAGGGUGUCAAGGAGUUUUAGAGUUGGAAGGAACUGCAAAGCCCAAACAUUCAUUCGGUUGCCCUCUUAUCCAGCCAAAGCCUGUUGAGUGCUAACCAUAUCCAGGCCCUGACGUAGGUGCCGGGGAUCAGAGCUACACAUAAGACAUGACCUCUGACCUCCAGAAGCUUGCAGGCUGGUUGGGGAGAAGACAGGGAUGAGCGAUCACCCUUCAGAGGUUCCUUGAUCAGUGUUCCUGCCAGGAGACUUCUAGCCCUGUUUGAUUGGGAGCUUCCUUAUUCUGGCGGAACAUUGCUAGAUUGCGCCAGCUGGUAAAAAUGUGUCUACCUUGGCAGGUUCUCACCUUCCUGUUGCUCGCACCAGGUGGACUGGGCUGUGUCCUGAUGGAGGCACAUAGAACAAGUUCUUUGCCCUCAUUGGUGUGGCUCUCCACGAUGGAAGAUGUGUGUGAGAUGGUGUGACUCAGCCUCCAUCCUUUGCCCUCACCCAGCCCAUCCCUCCCUCCAGCCAAAUGUCCAGGUCCUUAGCUGAGCUCUGGAUGGUGGGGAGGGGACCAAGUGACGGAGAGCCAGCAGCGUGCAGCACGUGGCUUAAUGCCGGACAUUCAUCAGUCUCUGAUUGAUUCUUCUCUUCCAGGUCCCUGCUGUGUGUCUGGCACUGUGCCAGGCCUACAGAGAGAUGACUCAGGUGUGGGGAGACGGGAACACUGUCAGAACAAACCUCAUGGAGCGAGCACGGUGCGGCUGGGCGGGAGUGAGUGGGCCGGCCCUCGGUGAGGCCGUGACGUUGAGGAUGACCUGCCAGCUCAUCGCUUACCCCGAGGGUUUCUCUCAGGAAGCCCCCUGCUGCCGGGCACCAUGACUGUGAGGGGGGCCGCACUGGCCCCAGAUCCAGCGUCGCCCACAACAGCAGCAGCCUCGCCCAGUGUCUCCGUGAUGCCCGAAGGCAGCCCCACAGCUAUGGAGCAGCCCGUGUUCCUGAUGACAACCGCCGCUCAGGCCAUCUCUGGCUUCUUCGUUUGGACGGCCCUGCUCAUCACCUGCCACCAGAUCUACAUGCACCUGCGCUGCUAUAGCUGCCCCAACGAGCAGCGCUACAUCGUCCGCAUCCUCUUCAUCGUGCCCAUCUACGCCUUCGACUCCUGGCUCAGCCUCCUCUUCUUCACCAACGACCAGUACUAUGUGUACUUCGGCACCGUGCGCGACUGCUACGAGGCCUUGGUCAUCUAUAAUUUCCUGAGCCUGUGCUAUGAAUACCUUGGGGGGGAAAGUUCCAUCAUGUCAGAGAUCAGAGGGAAGCCCAUCGAGUCCAGCUGUAUGUAUGGCACAUGCUGCCUCUGGGGAAAGACUUACUCCAUCGGAUUUCUGCGGUUCUGCAAGCAGGCCACCCUGCAGUUCUGCGUGGUGAAGCCGCUCAUGGCUGUCAGCACCGUGGUCCUCCAGGCCUUCGGCAAGUACCGAGACGGUGACUUUGACGUCACCAGUGGCUACCUCUACGUGACCAUCAUCUACAACAUCUCCGUCAGCCUGGCCCUGUACGCCCUCUUCCUUUUCUACUUUGCCACUCGGGAGCUGCUCAGCCCUUACAGCCCCGUCCUCAAGUUCUUCAUGGUCAAGUCUGUCAUCUUUCUCUCCUUCUGGCAAGGCAUGCUCCUGGCCAUCCUGGAGAAGUGCGGGGCCAUCCCCAAGAUCCACUCGGCCCGCGUGUCGGUGGGUGAGGGCACCGUGGCUGCUGGCUACCAGGACUUCAUCAUCUGUGUGGAGAUGUUCUUUGCAGCUCUGGCCCUGCGGCACGCCUUCACCUACAAGGUCUACGCUGACAAGAGGCUGGACGCACAAGUGCCGACAUACGGCCCUUACGGCCGCUGCGCCCCCAUGAAGAGCAUCUCCAGCAGCCUCAAGGAGACCAUGAACCCGCACGACAUCGUGCAGGAUGCCAUCCACAACUUCUCGCCCGCCUACCAGCAGUACACGCAGCAGUCCACCCUGGAGCCCGGGCCCACCUGGCGCGGGGGUGCCCACGGCCUCUCGCGCUCCCACAGUCUCACUGGCGCCCGGGACAACGAGAAGACUCUCCUGCUCAGCUCUGAUGACGAGUUCUAGGUGCGGCUGCUGGCGGGGAAGGACUGGGACCUUGGCCCAGGGCAGGGUGUGCCCCUUCUCCAGCCUCACAUCCAGGCUGGGAGGCAGGCUGCCACAGCUUCGGCAGUGCCCUUUAAUUUAUUGGACCAGAAACACAUAUCGCUUCAAGAGGAACAGCCAGAUGCUGUCUGCCCAGAGGAUGGCCCAGGCUCACCCAGGAGCCUUCAGGAAUGUUUAUACAAGGCCAAGGCUCUACUGCCUGGACGACAGGCACCGGACAGUGGGAGCGACUCUCAUGCCCCUGCAGCUCGUCCUUUGGCGGCAGCAUGUUGGGACCAGCCGUGCCCAGGCCCAGACACUUGUGUUGUGGACCAGCGGCUGCAGCCUUCUCAGCCCCUCCCCCACAAGACGUACAGCCCCUCCCCCAAACACCGUGCAAUACUCUGACCCGGGCUCUCCCUCCCGCCUGCUCCCUCCCCUGUCCCCCUGUCUGAUGCUAGAUUAGCCUCACCCUGGGCAGGAGGAGGGAGGAGGGAACGGAUGCUCUCUGUGGACCUUCCUCCUGACCCAGGCCUAACUGGCAUGCUGCAGGGAUCAGAGCCAGACACCAAGAGCCAUGGGUCCCACCUCAGAAGGGUGCUCAGGUGCGUCUGGGCUCCUGAGUGAUCUCUCUGUGGCUGCACCUUCUGCCUGCCUCAUGCCCCUUCCUCCUGGCCUGCUGAAGACAGCCAGCCGCCCACACUGCCCUCCCACUUGCGGUCUUUCCUCUUGAGAGCAUUUUGGGUAGAGCCCUUGCUUCCCAGCUACUCAAAGGGUCAGGGGUUCCCACCCCUCCUUCCCAGGCUGAGCAGUCAGCACCUCUGCUGGAUCCUGGUCUCUCUCCCUGGGGCUGCUCCCUCCUGUUUCCUGGGGAGGGUCUGGUCUCCACGUUUCAGACCAGCUUCCAGCUUCCAGAGGACUCCGGGAGGGAGGAGGGAGGGAUGGGGCAUGUGGCGGGGAGCCAGGAGAUGGGAGACUCCUCUCUCUGGCCCCGUAUCCAAACAGGGCCUGGUGUCCUGCCUCAUCUGGCCCCAAGGCCCAUCUCUUCUGUGCCUUAGUCACAUAUGAAAGCUCCCCCUCACUAGGCCCUCAGCCUGUCCCAGACACUCCCUGGGGGCCCCCUGUUAAGCUGCUGGCGCUCAGAGGAUCCUGCAGUUCUGGGCCAAGCGCCCUUGGACAGGCCUCGGGUGGCCAGGACCACCAGUCCCCUCCCCCUCCCCCACCUCCACGCCCAUAUCAUGGAGCCUCCCGGGGCCCCAGCCCCCAGGCAGGCCGGCCUUACACUGGCCACUGUCUUCGGAAGAGCCUUGUGAUGGGACACAAUGCACAUUCAUACAGGCAGAGCGUUCUGUCACUUGAAACCCGGAGAGCACAUGGGUUUGGGCUGCAACAGCCUGGAGGAGGGGGCAGAGCGGGGGAGAAGGGCCUUGCCCUGUGGGCGCAGAACUUCGCUGUGGCAUCUCUCCUUCUGGCCACUCUUGGACUGAACUGUGCCGAGGUCGGGAGGGGGGUUCCAUCACAGUAGUGUCCCCCGGCCUCCUUCAGUGACCAAGUCAGCUCUGCAGGUGGCAGGCACAGAGGCCUGCAUGUCUGGUGCCGGAGGCCAGCUCUCAGGCCCCUGGUGGGCCUGGCCAGUGGCGGCAGGCCACGCAGGAGGCAACCCGUCCCAGGAGGACCUCUGUCCACCCCCCCCAUCUGCUUUCAUGAACCUGUUUCUCUGAUUCUCCUUCCAGGCCAAAGUGUGCUGCUGACUCCCUGCCCCACUGGUCUUUGCCUACCCUGCUACCUGCCCGCUGGCAUGGCGGAUGCAGGGCUCCGUGGCAGGGAGCUAGCAGCCCCUGGGGGGCUGGGGGCUGGGAACGCGUGCCCGACCACUCCACCCCUCCUUCCUAGGAUGUGUAAUCUGCCUUUUUAUUUUUUAUUUUUUUGUUAUUUUUUUUCCCCAAUAGAGUAGCUCUUUGUACAUAAAAAAUACUUGAAAAAUUAAUUGUAUGAUGUAUGAGAAGACAGAGUCCCCUAGUUUUGUAUCUCGUGUGUGACUGCCAUGAGUUCCACCAGAAAGCCGCUCUAUUUUGGUCUCUGUGACAUUUUAAAUGCGUGACAGAAGUGAGCAAAUACAGUGAGAAAGAAAUAUAUAUAUGAGAUAAUAUAGAUUGUAUUGAAAUCUC